AUGUCAAAAUUUCAUGUCAUUCACACAUCAUUUUAUUUAGUGAUAUCGUAAAAACGAGUUGAAUUUGUGGAAAUAUAAAGACGUGGUGUCUUCGGGCAUGAGUGCCGUUUACAAACGAACGAUUGUGUUCAAUAAAAUACCCUGGACAAUGUAUUAGUGGACUACAAAACGGGAGUUUAACAUGGUGGUAAAUCCUGAAAGGAAAAUCGACUCUUUCGCAGUUUCCCUCUGAAUUUCCGUGUGGAGUGUCCUGUUCACUGAGUUUCUUGUUUAGUUUAACAUUCCGAAGAUGAUGUGACUGUAUUACGACUCGUGUGUGUAGUGGAUAACUUAUUAUCUAUUUUUGACUGCGUUUUCGAUCUAUAUUUAUCGGGAGUGAUACGGUUUUAAUGAAUAACUUCUAUGAAUACGAGCAAAUUGCAUACAUGGCGACCUUGGUACAGAAGAAACACCAAAUAAACACACCAGUCCCCCCUCACUUUUCCGCCAUUUUGCAAUAACGAAUUUUCAAAAAAAAUGCGCUCCGUCAACUGCCGUCCACGUGCACACCCAUCAAAAGUCAUAAAAAAACUAAAAAUAAAAAAGAAAUACGAGCUUACCAACAUAAAAAUAAAAAUACUGUGUUCCAAACUAUAGUUACCAACGUGAGCGCGCGAAUUUUUCGUUUAAAAGAGAGUUUUUUGACUAAAAAGGCUUUAACUCUGUAGUUUAUGGAUGUAAUGUUAAAAUAGUUGCCUUCUUUAGUAGUAGACAGUGUUGGUCCAAUCUCUAAUAAAUAAAUAAGUAAUAAUUUUCCCCCUUUAUAUAUAUAAAAAAACCUGUGUUUUAGAGGUGUUCUAUUUAAACGUGUGAUUGAAGUGUGAACACAUAAGCAAUGGAGACCACUGAAGUAGAAAAGAGCGCGGGCGCUGAGGAUAAUAACCAACUGAACAGAAAUAGGAGCUUCAAAUCAAAACAAUUGGUGCGCAGUCAAGCGCUACGCGAAACACAUUCUCCGCCCCGAGCAUUAUCACCAGCGCAACCUACAAUCACAAACUCCAAUAAUAUCAAUAAUAACGUAGGCAAUAUCUCGCCUAGCGUCACAAACUCAAGCGCAGAACUCAACGGCUCUCCUAGCGUCGAAAAACCCGUCGAAAAUGGCAACAACGCGCCGCCUAGCGCUGGAAUCACGUCGCCUAGCGUCGGAAAUAAAAGUCCUAGCGUCGGAAACAAAAGUCCUAGCGCAGAAAAUAGUGAUGAAAAUAGAACUGUGAGCGUGAGUGGGGAUUCUAGUCAUGUUAGUGUUAAGUGUAGUGAUGUGGUUAACAGUAGUGAUGUGAAAAAUAGUGAUAGUGAUGAGUUUAAGAAGAAAUUGCCUGUUGAGAUUCAGAUAACAUCAGGCAGCUGGGACGACAACCACCACGAGAGGCAGCGCACGCGACGCUGGCACUCGGACGCUCCGCGCGACUUGCUCUCCAACAACCCGCGCGUCAGCUGCGUCUGCGGCUCUUGUGCUGCUUGCGCACACUGCAGGGGUCGUCGUCGACGCCAUUACUGCGCAUCGAAGCAGGACUCCGGCAUCGUGUGCCCGGACGACUGUGCUGACUGCUCCGAUGAUAAUGGUGCAUCUAACAAUGAUACAAUAAGAAAAUCGAGCAGUCUCGAUGUUGACGACCAAACUUAUUAUUGUAGUUUCAUUUGCAGAUGCCCAGAGCGUAAAGAGAGACCAAAGAAUACACCGUUAACUAGAAAUGAUUCAGAUGACCGCUACGAGCCAACAGGUCCUGAAUUAGUGGCGUUUAUCAAAGAUACGCUGAACAAGAACGUUCGCGAUAGAAUGGCGCUCUUGAAGAUCGAGAGAGAACUGCACGCGUUGGUCAAUGAUACCGGCCGCUGCAUAGUGCGGUUCCCGGUGAUGACGUCAUACGGACGCAUGCUGGUGCACCGCUGCGCGGCGCUGUUCCAGCUCUCGCAUCAUCUCGACAUGACCAACAAGACCUCCGUCAUGGUGUCCAAAAGUGGCACAUCAGGUGGUCGUAUUCCAUGCACGAGCUUCAAGGAGUGGUGUACUACCACGUUCCCGCCCAGUCCUCAGCGCCACCAGCCAGAUCAUACGCAUGCCAAGUCUAUACUAAAACGCGACACACACUCAUUGGACGAGCCCGGCACAGGCUCCCUCGCCAGCAACAGGAGCAAGUCCCUGGAACAGAGGGAGAGGGACUACGAGCGGGUACGACGCAGGAUAUUCAGCUCACAAGAUGAAGCGCAGUGGCCGUGGCUAACUUCGGGAGGACCUAUCAAACUCCUCACUCCUGAAGGAGGCAGAAAUAAACUAUUAAAGGUACAAUCUCUAGAAGGUACCGGUCCUGGUACCGGCUGGCGAGGACCUAGAGGUCCUGUCUCCAAGAGUCACAGCUUCGGAGGGUAUGCUGCCGCUGAACCGCAGCCGCCGAGGCUGUUGAGCAGGCAGGGUGACCUAGCAUCCAGCAGUUGGCGUCUCUCGCCAUCUAGUUCAGGGUAUAAGACCCUCAGUCUUCGCAGCACUGACUCCAUCACACCUUCACCCACUGGAGGUGCAAGCCCCGAACCAGCUUGCAGCACAGCAUCCAGCAUCCCCGCCGGUGUACCGGACACGGGCGUCGUGUGGUGCGUCACGGACAUGGCCGCCGUGCCGGCCGGGGCGCUGCUCAUACACCCCAUGACCGGCCGUCCGCUAACAAACCCAGAUGGUACAGUGUACCAGUUCGAUCCGGCGAAUCCGCCCGUUUUGUACGACCCGGCUGCCGUGCAAAAUGAUGAACAAAAUCAACAAUUGGAUCCGAAUAUCGAGAAACGUCGCGGCAGAUUGGAGAAACAGCACUCGUUUAUCGACAACGAGUGCGAGUGUCAACCAAGCGAGGAGUGUCGCAACAAGUGUUGCUGCGAGUGUCGGAGACACGACGCCUGUCAUCUUAAGAAUAAUAAUAAUGACAAGGAAACAAACACAAAACCACAAAGCCCAUUCGAAACGAAACCAACCGAAACACAAGAAACACAACCAGAAUUCGAACCAACCAAUCAAACACCGGAACAAUACGAGCCGACCAAUCAGACGCCAGCUUACGAAGCGCCCGCCAAUCACAAGCCGUUUGAGACAAGGACAUUUGAGUCGACCAAUCAGACGCCAGCCUACGAGCCGCCAGCCAAUCACAAGCCGUUUGAGACGAGGACUUUUGAAUCGACCAAUCAGAACGCUGGAAAUAACGGUUUGAAUAACAGAGCGGCUAAAGUGACCAAUGAGGGACAAGAGAUGGGAUAUCAACAGUAUAAUCAAGGAUAUAGGACGGAAGAGGUAACAUCGCCACCGCAAUUAGCUCAGCAGUUCGUGCCACACGACGCGUCGAUGCAGGUGAUGCCCAAAGUGGCUCCGUUGCCGAUACAAGAUCCUAAUUUACGACCAAUGCCUAUGCCAAGCAUGACAAACGUGGUGUAUCAAGCUCCCAUGGCGCAAGGAUAUCCUUACCAGUGCAGAGUCGAGCCAUCCCUACACAUGUACGGGCCGGUGCCGCCGGUGCUGCCGACCGAGGAGCACAAGCUCACCCCCUCCCCCCAGCCCAACGAUACCGGCUUCAGGAUCGACCCGAGCUACCCGUACGCGGCGGUGGACUACGCCGCGGCGGCGUGCGGCGCCUGCGUCGAUACCAACACGCUGCAGCAUCAGCAACGCAGCUACAGUGUACCAUACGGUCCGGUGGAAGUGCCACAGCCAGUGUUGCCACCCUACGCGAUUCCUAAUGUUAUGAUGCCACAACCUCAUUUACAGCCUUACCCGCAAUACCAAGAACAAGUCCCCUGGGGGAUGCCAACCCACGGCGUUUCACACAAACUGAUGUUACCGGACUUGUACCCCAUCGUGCAGUACCCGCAGCCCUCCUACCAGCACUACAAUAUCGUCUACCCACAGGUAAUCCAACAGCCCUACCAAGUAUGCCAGCCGGUCUACCCAGUGAUCGAGAAGCCAGUAGACCAGCGACCCUCGAACCUGUCGAGCCGACCUUCCAAGAGGAACUCGGUGUCCAGCUCAUCAAGGAACACUCCUCAUGAUGAGAGGUUCGAGGAGAAUAGGCAGCAUAAUGAUAUUGCUGCUAAGAUACAACAAAUAAAAACACAAAUGGCGCAAAUGAACACCCGCGACAGAGACAAGCGACGCGACGAGUGGCGCCGACGCAACAGCGGCAGCGGCCUGCUCGGGAACUGUCCUGUCAACAGCUUCAGUGCCAGGGUUAUGGGUCGCAGUACGAACGACGACAGGCACCUGACGUCCGCGGCGCGUGCCAUCGUCGACUCCAUCCGGAGUAUGCAGGCGAAGAAUACAUAUCAAGACAACCGUCGCGACUAUCCCCGCGCAGACCACAAACCGGACAGACCGGACUACCGGCGCCGCGACCGCGACGACAAUAAGCCGGACAAGGACAACCGCCCGGCCGAUCAUCAGCCGGAACGGUUCGACGCGCGGAACCGGGUCAAUGUGCCCGUGUAUCGACAGCCUUAUUUGUUUAGACAGGUGUCACCAGGAACGUGGUGCCGACGUUCUCCGGGACCAGUACAUCCAGUUUUAAAUAACCCGCGGCGUCCACACCCGGAUAACCGGAACCAACGUCGUUAGAAACAGACUUACAAGCAAUAAUAUACAUUAAACAAAUAUACAUAAUAUACAUACAUGUAUAUACAAUUAUACAUAUUAUGUAUAUACAGAUAUACAUACAUCGUAUAGUCAUGUGGUGAGGCAGAAUUGUAGAUUUUUGUUUUAAAUAAAAGUUUGUGUACAUGGUGUUCACAAAAUAGGCAGUUGUAAUUUUUUGAACAUGCUGUAUAAUAUACAAGGUGUUACAAAAAUGCAAGUUAUCAAAUAGCCCAGAAUUUACUGAAAUCUAAUUGAGAAUGUAACUCUAAUAAUACAUGGUGUUUAUAAAAUGAAAAAUGAACUAUACAGCGUGCUUCAAAAAAGUUCACAAUAUUUAGUAAAACAACAAUAGUAGGUACUUAUUAUACAGGCUGUUGCAACAACACAAACUUUAUAAGAGGUGUUUACAAAAUGGUUGCAUACCAAAACGAUUGUAAAAAAUGUACGCUUACAUGAAGGUUGUGGUAUUUUUAAUAAAUAAAAAAUAAACAUUAAUAAAUACAUGGUUGUGCUUACCAUAGUUAGAGACGAGUUUUAACAUCUAGUGAGUGUUAACAUCUAUUUUAGGCUGUAAGAAAACAUCAAGGUGACAGCCAUUUUGUAAAUAAACCUUUGAAUAGUAGGAAAUACAGUUUAAAGUUAAAUAAAUAAAAUUAAAAUAUAUGUAAUGCUGACGUAUAUUUUUAUGUAAUUUACUUGACUUUUUUAACUUAAUAAUUGCUUUUACAUCAGAUUUAAGCAUGAUAUAAAGUCUUUGAAAAAUAAAUAAUUUCAUAACACAUAACUGUCUGGAGCCCGUAUGUAUUUACUGUUCAGUGUGCAAUAAAGAAUAAGAAUAUUUUUUGCUGAAAAAUUGUUUCCUCUAUAAAAGUCGAACUAAACAAUUCUGUAACAUCAUCAUCUGCCGAGCCUUUUCCCAACUAUGUUGGGGUCGGCUUCCAGUCUAACCGAAUACAGCUGAGUACCAGUGUUUUACAAAGCGCAAUCUAAUACUAAAUUAAUAAAUAACAAACGAUUUGAAAGAAUAUACGAGUUACAAAAACAACACCAUGUAUACGCUACAUUUCUGCCUACCCCCCAAAAAAGUCAAAGGAAUCUUACGUAGUCGGAAGAUCUCACACAAACCGGAUCUAGUCAUUUUUUUAAUUAAAAACAAUCAUAGAUUAAUCGUUAUAGAACUUUGUUUUAUUUUUGAAGUUUUUUUUGUAAAAACUGCGCAAUAUCCUUUGACUAAGUUAGGCUUAAUUUAUUUUAAGUUCUAUCUCUAUCUAUUUAGUUUAAAAACUACCAUUCUCUCUCUGUUUUUUUAGUUAAUACCGGUGUAGGAUUGAGUUUUGUGAAAUAAAUAUUUGAAGUUCAAAAGAAAAAAAUGUACAGGUCUCCUCAAAUAGUUCUACCAUCCCAAAGUUGCUUAGUGCCUUCAAGAUAGUCGAAAUGUACGAAAAAUAGGCAAUAACGUAAAAUAUCAAGUCGAUUUUGAUCAAAUAACUGGCAUCGAAUCCAUCCUUUUAGGAGCUAUAGUGCUACAAAUAAUAUCUAGCGGUCAAACUUAUAACUACCCAUUUUCUAAAGCACUACUGGGCAAGCAUUAGACGAUAAAUAGCUGUUUUCAGAAUGGUUAAGUUAUUUGAUAAUAACCAUAUUAUUUUUUCGUACUAUUUGAAAUUCUAAAACUUCAUAUUGUAAUAUAAUAUUCACAAGAUGCAAUCCCACAUCAUUCAAUGUAAUAAUAGUUUUUAAGUAACUGUUAAGAACAUACCCAACUCUACAGUUUUCACAUAACUUUGACAAUCUGAAGUUAGCUAAUAUUGAUUUUACAAUAAAUAAGGCAUCAUAUGGCUAACUUCAGACUGGCAGAGCUAUUUGGCGAGAACUAAAAAUGUUUAUUUGGUAAACAUUAAAGUGGAGACAAUAGCAAAAUUGCUCUAAACAAACUUUACUGACACUGUAAAAAAAACCUAUUUGAAAUUAUCAGAGCAAUGGAAAACUUACUUUUGUGAAAUAAACAAAAUAAUUGAUCACUAAAAGGCCCAAGUUCAAGACAUUUCUUAAAACAACUACAUAUAUACUAGGAAUUUUCAUGUUCAAUUUUCAAAGUAUAUAGUUGUUUUAUGAAAAACCGACGUUUAACUCUGCUUACCUACUGAUCUAUAGUUUCACCAAAAUUGAUUGAACAUGAUUAAAAACACACUAUUAACCGACUCAAAAGAUGGAUGGUAUUUUGUCAAAAAAUCUAAACUGCAAUAUGUCAGCUUUAAAGGUUUAAACUUGAGUAAAUAAUACAAAAGUAUAUGCAACGCUGACGUAUAUUUUUAUAUUAUUUAUUUGACUGAGUAUUUGGAACUUAAUAUUUAUGUACAUCAGAUUUUUGCAUGAUAUAAAAUCUUUGAAAAAUAAAACUGUUCCCUGUAUAAAAGUUGAACUAAACAAUUCAGUAAUAUCAUCAUCUGCCGAGCCUUUUCUCAACUAUGUUGGGGUCGGCUUCCAGUCUAACAAGAUGUCUAGAAGUGUUUUGACUAAAUAAAAAAAUACAGAAAAUUCGUAUUCACAUGAGUAUUGGUAUUUCACCAAAAAUAAAUACUGUUUGAUUGAUGGAAAUUACUGUGAUUUUGUAGCGAUUUUUAAUAAUAUUAUAACUUUGGUUAUCAUAUUUUACUUCUUGUGUCAUAAGGUCCAGAGCGGAGUUUUUAAACAAUCAACAGAAUUUCUUUCUUCAAACAUCUCGUCUCAGCCCACUGAAUAAUAUCCGUAAACUUAUUGGUAUAGAAAUAAAUUGAAUAAUCAAUUUUAUUUCGAUAUUAAUAAGGUUUUUGUUGCCUUGACGUAGUGUCUUCAAUGGGCGCUCGGGCCUUAUAACUGCAUGACAUAACAAAAUUAUAUAUUGAUUGAUUAAUAGUAUUUCAUAUGAUUUAACUACAACCAAAAUUAUUUUAUUCUCUUACAGCCAGUUUCUUCAUCAAAAGUUAAAGCCAAAGUAAAAGUCAAAGUAAUGUCUAAAGUAAAAGUAAAGGUCAAAUUCAAUUUUUCUAUUAGUUUUGCUGUCAUUUUAGCCUUGAAAAACGAAUUUGACCGUUACUUUUACUUUAGACAUUACUUUAACUUUUACUUUUGAUGAAGAAACUGGCCGUUAAAAUAUAGAAUUAUUAAAACUUGCUGCUAAAUAAAGAUGAUUUUGAUUGAAAUGUCACAAAUGAUCUGUGUAAAAAAAUUGUAACGUCAUCUACGGAUACCAUAGAGACGGUUUGUCUCAAACGUCACGGACAGUAGGACGCUAUUUAUAAGAAAGUUUAUUGUAACAUGUAGAGUAUAUUAUUGUUAAUAAUAAAGAUUUUAGCCUAUA